GUCACUGGCUAUGGCAUCUCCCCCCAAGUGCAGCAGGACCAGACUGAGAAGGAGCAGAAGCAGCCAGAGGAGAGGGUGGCCCAGCAGCUGAGGCACACAAAUAAGGUAGAGGCAAACAACAGCACAGGAAACCUUACUUGGAGUUCCCCUUGCUCUGCCUGACAGAAGUGAGCAUGCCAAACCUCCUCUGCAUGAGUUAGCAGGGUCGGCUCCAGAAGCUAGUCUAGAAAGCAUUUCAAACAAGAGCAGACCUUUCAAACAGCGGGGAGUGCUGUUGGCCCACUGCGAGGAGCUUUGCCAGAGUAGGCCUAUUUGAUGCCUUUAGACAGGUGGGCACAUGCCCACUGUUACUUAGGGCUGUCACUCAGUGAGGCAGCAAGGGAAAGCAAGAGCAUCAACUGAUUACGGGGGACAAAAAAGACAAAAGGAUGUACAGAAGGGUCAGAGGUUGAAAAAUAGCACACCCUCGGGGGACAUCGAGCAUAGCACCGCAGACAGGACCCGGAGAAGUCCAGGCACUUCAGAGGACAUAUGAAGGGGUGGAUGGCAAGAGCUGCAAGGGAUAGAUGGCAGUACUGUGCAGACUGAUGCAAGUCCCUGGGAAGCAGCAAGCUGGUGGCACCAUGGUCUGGGGAGAUAAGACUCUAGGAGAGUUAUAAAGCAGAGUGAAGCUCCUGCAGCCCAUACCUGCACAGCAGACAACACACUUUGCAGAGACGCCAUGCAGUUCCUCCUGAUUCUUGCCUGCUUGGGAGCAGCUGUUGCUUUCCCUGUUGACGAUGAUGACAAGAUUGUGGGGGGCUACACCUGCCCAGAGAAUGCUGUCCGCUACCAGGUGUCCCUAAACUCUGGGUACCACUUCUGUGGGGGCUCCCUCAUCAGCGACCUAUGGGUAGUGUCGGCUGCUCACUGCUACAAAUCCCGUAUGGAGAUAAGGCUUGGUGAGUUCAACAUUGAGAAGCUGGAAGGGACUGAAGAAUUCAUUGGAGUUGAAAAAGCCAUCCGCCAUCCUAAAUACAACUCCUGGCUCCUGGACAAUGACAUCAUGCUGAUUAAGCUGAAAACCCCAGCCAAGCUGUCGCAAAGUGUUAAUACCAUUCCUCUGCCCACUGCUUGUGUGGCUGCUGGGACUGAAUGCCUGAUUUCUGGGUGGGGAAACACCCUCAGUGAUGGCUAUAACUUACCUGAGCUCCUUCAGUGCCUGAAUGCUCCAGUCCUGACUCAUGCUGAGUGUGAGGCAUCUUAUCCAGGAGAUAUCACUGAGAACAUGAUCUGCGUGGGAUUUCUGGAGGGCGGCAAGGACUCCUGCCAAGGUGAUUCUGGUGGCCCAGUUGUGUGCAAUGGGGAGCUCCAAGGGGUCGUGUCCUGGGGGAUCGGCUGCGCUCUGCCAGGUUACCCAGGCGUCUACACCAAGGUCUGCAACUACCUCGCCUGGAUUGAGGAGACCGUGGCUAGUAACUGAAGCAUCCAUUUUCCUCGGGUUUCGCUGAGGCAUUUCCUCCCUCCACAUUUAUUCACCUCUGAGAAGAAACUAAC